CAUAUCAUAUGCUAUAAAAAUGUUGUUUGAUGAAUCAAAAUUCAUAGGUUGGUUGAUAGCUUUACGAUGGCUUCUCUAACUUUUCCUUAUUCGUACGUUGUUCUGCUAAUUGUUCUCCUCUUUCUCUCAUCUUUGUUCACUGCUACUUCUUCAAAGUGUGGUGGUUCUAGUGUGAACUUAACCUCCUCUUUAAACAGCAAAGAUUCAACGACGGCAUGGAAUUCACCUUCUGGCCACUUUGCCUUUGGUUUCCAAUCAGUUCUAUACGACAAUAAGGAGUUCAUGUCUGUGCUUGCAGUUUGGUUUGCCAAAGACCCCAACAAAACCAUGGUAUGGUAUGCAAAGCCAGAAAAAGAAAAAACUCAUCUUUUUCCGUUAGGAUCAACGGUGAAUCUCACAAACAAAGGAAUUGUCGUGUAUGAUCCAAAGGGUCAUGACAUGUUGUGGCAACGUCCAGAAAACAAUACUGAUUCUUUAGUAUCAUGUGCUUUUGUGCUAGACAAUGGAAGUUUUGAGCUUGUGGAUGAGGAUGGGAAGAAGGUUUGGGAGAGCUUUGAGGAGCCCACAGAUACUAUUUUGCCUGGUCCAGAAAACAAUACUGAUUCUUUAGUAUCAUGUGCUUUUGUGCUAGACAAUGGAAGUUUUGAGCUUGUGGAUGAGGAUGGGAAGAAGGUUUGGGAGAGCUUUGAGGAGCCCACAGAUACUAUUUUGCCUGGUCUAGGCAGAAGCUUCAGAGCACGCCAAUCUGAUACGAGUUUUGAUGAUGGGAAUUUUGAACUCAGUUGGCAGGGUGAUAGCAAUUUGGUUCUUUACCAUUCUCCAAAAUCAAGCAACGAUGAUUCUGAAAGCUCUCAGUCUCCAACACACGACGCUUACUGGGCCACUGGAACUGUCGGAACUGAUUCACAGCUUUUCUUUGAUGAGUCCGGACACAUGUACAUAAAAAAUGGCACGGGCACAGUGAUCAGAGAUAUCACAAAUGGUGGAUCUGAUGAGUUCUUUUACAUGGCUAGAAUUGACCCUGAUGGGGUUUUCAGACUAUAUCGGCACCCAAAAGAUGAGAACAAAGCUGUGGCUAAUAGUUGCAGUUCAACGUGGUGGAGUGUGGAGCAAAAGCAUCCAGAUGAUAUUUGCCUUUCCUUCACGAAGCAAACUGGGAAUGUUAUCUGUGGUUUUAACAGCUACUGUGUUAGCAGCGGUGACAGGACUAAUUGUGAGUGCCCGGAGCAUUAUUCUCCUUUCGAACAUGACAAUCUCAUAGGUUGUAGACCAGAUUUUCCACUGCCCAGUUGCAACAGAGACGGGUGGGAGCAGAAUAAGGAUCUUGUAGAUUUCAACGAGUAUCCCAAUUUGGACUGGCCUCUCUCAGAUUAUGAUAAGUUUGAAACUGGAAUGGACAAGGAUUUGUGCAGACAAAGAUGCCUUGAAGAUUGCUUUUGUGCUGUGGCCAUAUAUGGUGAUGGAAGCUGUUGGAAGAAGAAGUAUCCAAUGAGCAAUGGAAGGAAGCACGCGAAUGUGACUAGAAUAGCUUUUGUCAAGGUCCCUAAAACAGAUUUAAACAAUGAUGAAAAAGAACAGACUACACUUGUGAUUGUCAUAUCAAUACUCCUUGGAAGCUCAGUGUUCAUCAAUGUCCUUCUACUUGUUGCUUUGUUUGCUGCUUUUUUCAUUUUCUACCACAAGAGGCUUUUGAGCAGUCAGAACGUGUCAGUUGGUACAGUUAGUCACUUUACCUACAAGGAGCUUGAAGAAGCAACCACAGGGUUCAAACAAAUGUUGGGUGGAGGUGCUUUUGGAAAAGUUUAUAAAGGGGUGUUGAGAUCAAACGCAAGCAGGUAUGUUGCUGUGAAGAGGCUAGACAAGGUUGUGCAGGAAGGUGAGAAAGAGUUCAAAACAGAAGUGAGUGUGAUUGGACAAACCCACCACAGAAACUUGGUUCGUCUGUUUGGUUAUUGUGAUGAAGGGGAGCAUCGUCUUUUGGUGUAUGAGUACAUGAGCAACGGUUCAUUGGCUGGUUUUCUCUUUGGGAUCUCAAGGCCUCAUUGGAACCAAAGAGUGCAAAUUGCUUUGGGGAUUGCGAGGGGGCUCACGUAUUUGCAUGAAGAGUGCAGCACUCAGAUAAUUCACUGUGACAUAAAGCCUCAGAAUAUACUCCUGGAUGAGUUUUUCACUCCAAGGAUUUCUGAUUUUGGCUUGGCAAAGUUGUUGCUGGCUGAGCAAACUAAAGCUGCUAGAACUGGUUUGAGAGGGACAAUUGGUUACUUUGCACCAGAAUGGUUUAGGAAAGCUACAAUCACAACAAAAGUAGAUGUUUACAGUUUUGGAGUGGUGCUGUUAGAGAUCAUAUGUUGCAAGUCUAGUGUUGCCUUUGCAUUGGAAAGUGAAGAAGAGGCACUCAUAGAUUGGGCUUAUAGAUGUUAUAGCCAAGGGAAUGUAGCUAAAUUGGUGGAAAAUGAUGAGGAGGCAAAGAAUGAUAUGAAGAGGCUGGAGAAGCAUGUCAUGGUUGCAAUUUGGUGCAUUCAAGAGGAUCCUUCACUCAGACCUUCCAUGAAAAAGGUCACACAGAUGCUUGAGGGUGUUACAACAGUUUCUGUGCCACCUUGUCCUUCUAUCUUCAUUUCAUCUUCUUUCUAAACUGCAUCAGGGUGUUACAGCAGUUUUUGUCAAUACUCAGUCUGUAGCACACUGCAUUACACUUCUGCUAAUUUAUUUCACACUGCACUAUU